AUUACAUUGGCAAAGGUUCCUCUGACGAACCGAAGUCACCGUACGUAAUACUAAUAUGUCUGCCAACCCAACCCAAUUACCACUAUCGCCACCGUUUUGAAACACACACACACACACUCCACCGCGCAUCAUGGAAUCCAUCGCCGAGGCUCCGCCGCACGCCGUCACACCUCUGUCCUCGCGGCCGUCUCCGUCGCCGUUCCACGGUCGGGAAGACUGUUGGUCCGAGGAGGCCACGUUCACCCUCAUCGACGCCUGGGGAGAGCGCCACCUGGAGCUCAGCCGCGGCAACCUCCGCCAGAAGCACUGGCAGGAGGUCGCCGACGCCGUCAACGCCCGACACGGCCGCGCCACGAAGGCGCGCCGCACCGACGUCCAGUGCAAAAACCGAAUCGACACGCUUAAGAAGAAGUUCAAGAUCGAGAAGGCCAGAGUUUUCGAAUCCGACGAUUACGCCACCGCGUGGCCGUAUUUUCGCCGCCUCGAUUUCCUUAUCGGAGAAAAUUUUCCGGCUAAGAAGCACUCGCCGCCGGCAUCCGGAAGAGAUCGCAGAAACUCCCCUCUGUUGAAGCCCCCAGCCUGGGCGAUCGUGCCGGUCGGUCCUCGAUCCGGCACUCAAAAGCGGCCGCCGCCGCCGGAUACGGCGGUGACGGCGACGGCAACAUCCCCGGCAAGCAUGAAGAAUUCAUACUUUCACCGGAAUUUCUCGGCUUUCGCGGCAGUGGCAGCUGCGGCGGCGGAGGCGGAGGAAGAGGAAGAGAGUGAGAAUUGGAAGUGGAGGAGUGGGAGUGAGAGGAGGAAGCGGAAAAAGGAUUAUUGGGAAAAUGGGUACAAGGUGGUUGCAGAGGCGAUAGAGAAGUUUGGAGAAAUAUAUGAGAGAGUGGAGACAGAGAAGCAUAAGCAAAUGGUGGAGUUGGAAAAACAGAGGAUGCAAUUUGCUAAGGAUUUGGAAUUGCAGAGAAUGCAGCUCUUCAUGGAAACGCAGCUUCAGCUCCAAAAAAUCAACCGGUCCAAGCGUUCUUCUGAAGCUGACAGUUGCUGAUAGCAAGAGGCGAUGGAGACUCCUAUUGGGAAGAAUAGAUAGAUCUUACCUUUGCACAUAGAAGCAUAUUUAGUCCUUUUUAACAAAUUUUUUUUUUUUUUUUGGAAAUGUAUUUUUUA